CUGGCCCUUUAAGAGCAGCAGUUCCCAGAACAACUCUUCCUGGGAGCUCUGGAGCAAACUAGGGCAGAAAGCCUGAGCUCGCUAACUGAGAGCCCGUCUGAAUCCUGACAACCAGCGGAGAUCAGGAGCAAUACAACGAAGUUGAGCAAAAUGAACAUUCAGGAGUAUUUUGCAAGAAUUUCUUACAAUGAGUCCUAUAAGGAUGCAGACUUGCAAACCUUAACAGCCAUCUUCCAGCAUCACAUCCAGGCAAUUCCUUUUGAAAACCUUAGCAUGCAUUGCGGGGAGACCAUAAAGCUGGAUUUACAAUCUACUUACAAUAAGAUAGUGAGAAAGAAACGUGGUGGCUGGUGCCUGGAAAACAACCACCUCUUAUUUUGGGCCUUGCAAGAAUUAGGGUAUGACGUCUGUAUUCUUGGAGGAAAUAGUUAUGAUCCAGCAAAGAAGGCAUACACUGCUGAGAUCAAUCAUAUCCUUCUGAAGGUGGUGAUCAAGGGAAAUUCCUAUAUAGUAGAUGCUGGCUUUGGUGGUGCCUACCAGGCAUGGCAGCCAUUGAUGCUGAUUUCUGGGAAGGACCAACCCCAGAUCCCUGGCAUCUUCCGCUUCAUGGAAGACAAUGGCACCUGGUACUUCGAGAAGGUCAAAAGGAAGCAUUGUAUUUCUGAGCAAAGUGCCCCUCCCCCUGAUACUCCAGAAAUGGGAAAUAUCAGGAAAAUUUAUAUGUUCACUCUUGAGCCACGACAUAUACAAGACUUUGAGGAGCUAAAUGGAUACCUACAAGUGUCUCCAGAUAACAUACUUCAGAAGAAGUCAAUCUGCACUCUCCAAACCACUGAAGGGCUUUAUGCCUUAGUUGGAUGGACCCUCACUGAGAUGAAGUACACCUACACAGAAGACAUGGACCAGGUGCAGAUCACAACUCUUACAGAUGAAGAGGUUGAGAAGACACUGAAAGACAAAUUCAAUAUAGUGCUGGAGAAGAAACUCGUACCAGUGAACGUUCGUGGCUUGCCACCUAAUUUAGUGGAUACAAUCUAAUUCUAAUGUUGUGCUAGAUGGAUCUUUAAAUAUCCAAAAUAAAAAGUUCUAAAAUUAACAUUAAUAACAUUCAUCUGAUUCUAAAGUUGAGCUAGUGAGAUGAACAUAAAGCUUGGGAAAUGCAAGUACAUUGCUAACUGCAUAUACUGAAUACGUAUCUUUUCUUAAGCUUCUCUUUCUUUUUAAACUCAGACAUCUUACUACCUCCAAUUUGCCUGUAUGGAAAUUGCUUUUUUACUCCAUAACUCUUUGUUCCACUUCUCUGAAUCUCAUUUUAUUUCAGAUAUAUUUUGUGGCAAAGGAGACCAAAAUGCUACAGAAAGAGAAGCUGUGUUACUAUUUUACACAAAAGACCUCUAACCUUUUUUUUAGUAUUAUUUCCAAUCUUUUUCUCAGCAGAGUUUUACAAAUUAUUCACUUCCUUUAACAGUCUGUAAUAGAAAAAUGAGCUGGAUUUGGCUUUCAAAGACUUCAUAAAAAAAAAAAAAAAGAAAGGUUAAGACUUUCUCAAAACAAGCCACUAUUAGGUGCUUAUUAGCGUAUGAUGAAGUAAGUUGAAAGACUUAAGUCCUACUCACUUACCAGAAAUUCACUUGAAGUGAGCUAUUUAUGCAAGGACACUUAAAAAAUCCCAAAAGCUCUCUAAUUUUGAGUGUCCAGUUUUUCCGAGUCUGAUUUUUCUGUGUCUCUGAAAUGGAAACAAAAUCAAUAGAAGCUGAGGCGAUUCAACAGUUCUUAAAAAUCAGGCUUUUGGUAUCAAAAAAUGGAAGCAAUCAAAGUUAGAUCCAACUAUAUUCUAAACUUUUGGGGCCUGACCUUCCUGUGAUCUCAAGCAGGCAUGACAGUAUAAAAAUCUUAUUUAUUGCAGUAUUCUGCACAAAAGCUACCUUACAUAAGUAAUAGUGCAGAUAUGAAAGAAAAUUAGGGAAAUUAGGACAUGCCACCUGUACAGUUUUACAGCACGUUAUACAUAGCAGAAAAGCAUUUUACCUUCAUGAUACCUGUGGCAGGUACUGUGCAGGAUGUGUCAUGAAAGAAGGUGAUGGAAGAGCAUCAGUCCUCAGGCAAGGAAGAGUCUUUGAUGCUUGUACGAGUCAACCAUGGGAGCACCUGAUGUGCCUAAACCUCAGGUGCUUUCCUAGAUGCAGCCUGACUUGCCUUCCCAAGAGCGACCUCUGACUUUCCACCUCCACCAAAUGAAGACAUGCUGGACAGGGCGAGAAUGAAAGAAACAGCCCUGCAACACUUGAAGAUGAAGGAGGGCAAGUUUUAGAGAGGAAAUGCAUUAUUUGCUGCAAAUAAAUAUUUAUCAUGGCAUUUGUUAGAUGUGGCAGCUCCAAAGGAAUGACCUGCAGUGGAAGCACUAACCAGAUUGAAAGAGUUCCUUUAUAAGCAAAGGGGGGUCAUUUUGUGCACCCACAGAGUAUGGGAAAACACAGCCUGCAAUACCUUGGCAGUUCAGUGCACCCACAAGGCAGCAGAUGACCCUCCUCCACCGCAAAGUGCUGGUUUGCAAAAUAACAAUAAUUUAAUAAAGAAAAUAAAUUCCA